AAGCAGAAUGCUGACCAGAACACCGUUGUAUGCGAGAUGCCUUUUACAACAGUGGAAACAAUUGUAACAAACCUAACAGUAACAGCCUGUCCCAUCGGGCGGUUCGGCCGGUUCUGUGCGGAACGCUGCCAGUGUUAUAACGGAGCCUCAUGCCACAGCUUCAACGGGGCGUGCAGGUGCGCCCCUGGCUGGAGGGGAAGGAACUGCAACAUAGAAUAUUCAGUCUUGAGCAUCGAAAGUCCAACAACUGAUCUGAUAGACUUGCGGUAUGGACAGGACCUACAGCUCAGAUGCAUUGGCCACAAUAUCCAAGUCACGAACGUCACCUGGCUCUUUGGGAAUAAUUCCCCAGACAUCACAAUCAGUGGUUCUACAUCUACUCUACACUACAAAUCAUUCCUGCCUGAACACGAGGGAAACGUGACAUGUGAGGCGUUCGCCACCAACGGAGACAAAUUCAGAGUCACUGAGCAGAUAAGAAUAGCAGGCUGCCAGGAUAAUUUUUACGGCCAGGAGUGUAACCGGGUAUGCAACUGUACCGAGUGGCAGACAUGCUAUAGGGACAUGGGCUGCGCACCAGGUGAUGCACAUUAUGGACCCGGGCGUCCAUGA